GUGGCGUCCAGCCACUUACAUAACCUGUGAGCGUAUAUACAGGGGCCGGGCCGGUGGGGCUCUCGCCCUCCUGGCAGCGAGCGCGGCUCCCUCUCAGGAUGAAGGUGGCUAUGGGUGCAGACCCUUCCCUGGUCUACAGGCCUGAGGUAGACUCGGAGGCGGCCAAGGACAAGGGCACCUUCCGCAAUUACACCAGCGGCCCACUCCUGGACCGAGUCUUCACCACCUACAAGCUCAUGCACACGCAGCAGACGGUGGACUUCGUCAGGAGGAAGCACGCCCAGUUCAUGAACUUCUCCUACAAGAAGAUGACCAUCAUGGAGGCCGUGGACAUGCUGGACGAGCUGGUGGAUGAGUCGGACCCAGACGUGGACUUCCCCAACUCCUUCCAUGCCUUCCAGACAGCCGAGGGCAUCCGGAAGGCCCACCCGGACAAGGACUGGUUCCACCUCGUCGGGCUCCUGCACGACCUGGGGAAGGUCCUGGCGCUGGCGGGGGAGCCCCAGUGGGCGGUCGUUGGAGACACAUUCCCGGUUGGCUGCCGUCCCCAGCCCUCUGUGGUUUUCUGUGACUCCACCUUCCAGGACAACCCCGACCUCCGGGACCCUCGAUACAGCACGGAACUGGGCAUGUACCAGCCACACUGCGGACUUGAGAACGUCCUCAUGUCCUGGGGCCAUGACGAGUACAUGUACCAGGUGAUGAAGUUCAACAACUUCUCCCUUCCCAAAGAGGCCUUCUACAUGAUCCGGUUCCACUCCUUCUACCCGUGGCACACCGGGGGUGACUACCAGCAGCUGUGCAAUGAGCAGGACCUGGCCAUGCUGCCCUGGGUGCGGGAGUUCAACAAGUUUGACCUGUACACCAAGUGUCCCGACCUGCCAGACGUGGACAAGCUUCGGCCCUACUACCAGGGGCUCAUUGACAAGUACUGUCCCGGGGUCCUGAGCUGGUGACCAGCCGACCUGGCCUCUCAGGCCCGGCCCAGUGCGCCAGGGUGACAGCAGUCAGGUGCAGUGAUACCCCACCCUGGCCUCUCUGGGGGGCUCCAGACACCCACCUGCGCUCUGUGCUCCUCACCCUGGUGGCCUCUCACUUGGUGGCAAUAAAGACCUGACUCAUG